GAAAUAAAUGCGUAUACAUACAUGCGCCAUGGGUAUUUCACAAUGCGUGCACACCCUGUUGAAAAGGAAGGUGGAACAAGCUUUCAGUUUCAUAACACACACCAAGGCUAAGAAGGGGAAGCCAUGGCCGACAAGGUUCUGAAAGAGAAGAGGAAUCUGUUUGUUCAUUCAGUGAGCAAGGGUACAAUAAAUGGCUUGCUGGAUGAGCUAUUAGGAAAAAGAGUGCUGAACCAGGAGGAGAUGGAAAAAGUAAGAGAUGAAAAUGCUACAGCUGAGGAUAAAGCCCGGUUUUUGAUAGACAUUGUUAUUUGUAAAGGACGUCAGGCAUGCCAAAUCUGCAUCAGCCACAUUUGUAAAGAAGACUCCCACCUGGCAGGAAUACUGGGGCUCACCUCAGGUUCACAGUCUGGAAAUUAUCUUAGACAAGAAUCCAAAGCAUUGUUCCCUCCUUUUCCAGCUCCUCAGGCAAUACAGGAUAACCCAGUUAAGCUUGCAUCUUCAGGACCAGGAGGGAACCUCAAGCUUUGCCCCCCAGAAACAGCCCAAAGAAUAUGGAAAGAAAAAUCAGGAGAGAUUUACCCAAUAAUGGAAAGGUCAAACCGCACACGUCUUGCCCUCAUUAUCUGCAACAUAGAGUUUGAAAAUCUUUCCAAAAGAGAUGGAGCUGAUGUUGAUACCAGAAAUAUGAAGAUGCUACUAGAAGGUCUGGGAUACAAUGUGGAUGUGAAAGAAAAUCUCACUGCUUUGGAAAUGGCUUUAGAACUGAAGGCAUUUGCUGCUCGCUCAGAGCACCGGACCUCUGAUAGUACUUUUCUGGUACUCAUGUCUCAUGGAAUUCGGGCUGGCAUUUGUGGGAAGAAAUACUCUGAAGAAGUCCCAGAUGUAUUAAAACUUGAUGACAUCUUUCAAAUUUUGAACACCUGGAACUGCCCAACUUUGAAGGACAAACCCAAGGUGAUCAUUAUCCAGGCUUGCCGUGGUGAGAAGCAAGGAAUGGUAUGGGUAAAUGAUUCAGUAGCAGCUUCUGGAAAUUGUUCCUUAGUGGCCCCAGAAGAUUUUGAGGCUGAUGCCAUUAAGAAAGCCCACAUAGAGAAGGAUUUUAUUGCUUUCUGCUCUUCGACACCAGAUAAUGUUUCCUGGAGACAUCCCAUAUUGGGCUCUCUUUUUAUUAUUCAACUCAUCAAAAAUUUUCAAGAAUAUGCCUGGUCCUGUGACCUGGAGGAAAUUUUCCGAAAGGUUCGAUUUUCAUUUGAGCUGCCAGAUGGUAAGGUACAGAUGCCCACCACUGAAAGAGUGACUUUGACAAGAUGUUUCUACCUCUUUCCAGGAUAUUAAAGAAGCCAGGAGUUCUGUCAUUCUAUAACUGUUUCGGAAUCCUGUUGGCAGAAAACAGACAUUUCUUUAAACAUUUCAAUAAAUUUGAAAUAGAAAUGAAA